CUCGUAUAUAAAAUAUAGACUCCGGUUUUCCUUUGUUCUAACCGAAAAACACCAAUGACUAAAUAUUUUUAAUGGAGAUAAUGUAUUUUAUCAUCAACAGGAUAAAAAGAAGAAGAUCUGUCAUGUGGGAUGGUUUCAGCUAAUGGUCAUAUGCGCGUUGCCUCUGGUUUUUAUUACCCAUUGUAGUAGAGCGAUAGACUUAAACCAACUACAAAAAGCAUUUGUAGUAGUCUGUUUUAACACCGGAUCCUCUCCUCCAAACAUCACUGUCAGGAUAUCGGGGCCACCAUCUAUUGAUUACGCUCAACUGCCCAACUUUACACUGAAAGCUGAAAGUACCACCACAGGCACUGGCGUUUCGUUUCUGACAUUUGAAGGAAGCUUUACAUACCAUACAACUUGUGCUUAUUAUAACAAGAAAGAUAAGCUAGGAAGUUACUUUGUCUACUUCGACAAUGCAGCAGACUCCAUUUCUUCCACAAAGGUCCAGGUCACAUUAGAGACUGAUAAAAUGUGUGAUGGUUAUACCGCCAUUCCAAUACUGAAUCUUGGAUCUGAGUAUUAUGCUGUUACGUUCUGCGAAGUUUUCGGAGAAUGUCAGAUCUUUAUAGUUGCUAUCGAUGAUGCCUUGAGAAUAACGGUGCGACUUCCAAAUACACAAAACGUCCAUGACGUCAUGUUUAAUAGCAAGGCAUAUGGCAAAGGAGAUACCAUUACUGUGGAUCUCGGUUCCAUGGAAACGGUCCUUAUAGAGUGCGAAUGUGAUCUGACGGGUACAAAAAUAACCGCCGAUUCAAAUGUGGCUGUUUUCAGUGGCAGUAGAAAUACUAUCGUCGGCGUCAACGGAAAUGAGAAUUUCCUUCUUGAACAACUUCCUCCUUUUAAUAGAUGGGGAACGGAAUAUGCAUGUCCAUGUAAACCAUACUGCAACAAACACGGCGCUUUUAUCAGAGUGAUAGCGAAAGAGGCAACGAUCAUUCACAUUAGCGGGUAUCCCAAAGUAAAAACUACCCUUAACGUCCCCUGGAUCCACAGACGUAUCGAGCAGGACGACUUUCUAUACAUCACCGCUGACAAACCCGUUCUGGUUGUCAUGUUCCUCCUAAGUGACCAAAAACACACAUCAUCAAUGUUUCUGAUCCCACCGGUAAAAGAUCAGGACAACAAUAUGGCGUUCCAAUACCCCACAGACAGAUUUAACAAAAUGGAAAUGAUUGUACUCUCACCCAAAGUUGAUUCGGGAUUUUUACUUAACGGUGCGCAAGUUGCAGUAUCGCAAAACUUUCAUUUCCCAAGCUCACAUAUGUUAGCAAGUCUACUCGAAUUCCCAACAGAAAGCCGCGACCGUAACAUCGUUAUUGACAUGAGUACUGGAGGGUUCGGAGUGAUUGGAGUCUCAACAAGCGACGUCGUAUCAGGCCAUACUUUACGGGUGGGCUUCUCACUUGGGUCAUUCGAUAUGACGGAUUUUAAUGAUCCCGCUCCGGUCUACCCUGGCGAUAGAGCGGACAACGACGAGGAUGGAACUAAUGAUGAGGAUGACUGUUCAGACACUGAAUAUCCUGAUGAUGAUGUGGAUUGCAGCAACAAUUUUUCUGCCGAGAAAGAUGAAAAAGGAUACCGUUUCUUCGUUGUCUUCCCUUUCCUGGACACUCCGACCCGAUUCACAGUGGACAUAAUGUCAAGUGAUGAGCUGCAAUGGACUAAUAUUAAAAAAAACCAUGUAGGAACGUGUCCUUCAUGAAUGUAAUGUACAAGAAAUUACUCCCCUAAAUAACAUGGUGAUGUCGUUUUUGUACGAGGAGAAUUGUUUAUGCAUGGGAAUGAAUAUAAGCGGCAAGUUUCGUCUUGGUACACAUUUGUCAUUCCCAAAAAAAGAAUACACAGUCAGUGUGUCUAUACAUGGAUCCGCUACUAUGGCAACAUAUAUGGCACUUCCGGCUGAGGUUCUAGGUUUGGAAUACUAUGCUGUGACAUACUGCGAUCAUGGAGGGUAUUGCGCUUGUGUAGUUUCAGUUAUAUACGACAAAACAAAUGUAUUUGUCAAACUACCAGUAACAAGUGGGGUCAAUGUUGGUAAUCAACAAUAUCUUGCAGGCAGCGUCAUAAGAGAGACUCUAAGUAUCUUUGAAAUCACUUAUGUUUUCAUCGACAGAUGACCUGACUGGAGCUUACAUCAGGGCCAAUGCUCCAAUUGCUGUUGUUUGUGGUGGAGGCGGUUCUUACGCCUCAUACCUUGAACAAAUUCCUCCUGUUUUCGCUUUGGGGUCAAACUACUUCGUAUCUCCUAAUGCGCUAAUACGCAUUGUAGCAACUGAUGGAAACACAAUUGUUACUGGAAACGGAACGGUGAAGCAAACAGUACUUCUUCCCUCAUCCGGGAGUCGUACUGAUUUAGAUUCAGCCCUGAAUAUCAUAUCAGUCGUGGCAAAUAAACCAGUCCUUGUUGUUGCAUUAUACCUGAACAGAGUCACCGAUGGUUGCAUGGCUGUAAUGAUAUCGAACUCUCAUCUUACCGACAGUCACUAUGUUAACUUCCCGUAUGGAGAAACCAACAAAAAUAUUGACUUACAUUUACAAACAAAUAGUGUUGAUUUUUCUGCCGAAGUCAUUGAAGAAAACGGGAAAAUACAGAAAUACAGAAAAGACCUAAGUAAUAUGCAUGGUAAUGCCAUAAAAAUGACUGAUCCUAUGAAGCCGUUUUACUCAAAAAUAUAUGGCAAUCGCUCGCAAGCACCACAUACACUGUUCUGUACUUCAAUUGGAAGAAACAUGUCUAAAAUCGAAGCGGUAUGCUCCCCUACAGAACAAACUGUCGGAGAUGGGCGUGAUAACGACUGUGAUGGACUAGUCGAUGAAGAAAUUUUGAUAAAGGACUUUUAUGCAUACGACAAAAAUGCGCACGUUGAUGCUUUGAAGUAUAUACCUGAUUUUGAUCUGGAUGGAAUGAUGGACGAAGACUGUUAUACUACGAUUCCAGCGCCAACAACAACCACAACAUCAACAACAGAAAUAUCACCGACGACAUCUGAGAACACCACCGUCCGUGUAUGUUACUGCCCGUGUUCUCUGUACAAACGUCCAGAUCCUGCAUUGGUAAACAUCACAAAAGAAAAACUCGUAUAUAUCGUUGAGGAAACAAAAAGGAAACUGGCUGUUAACAAAACGUCCCUUUCAUCAUAUAUUAGGAGGAAGACGAGCGCUGAUGAUGAGCGUCCAUCAGCUGCUGGUAUUGGCUCAGUCGGAAUCGUCAUUCUGGUAUUAGUAGUUUUACUGAUCGUAGGGCUGGAUUUGAUCUUUAUCAAACAACACCUCAUGGUAGUUCGGAACUACGGAGUCUAACCAGCUGCUGUCUGACAAAUCACUUUGGUGGCGGGCUAUAUCCAAGUACCCGUAUGUAGUGGCAUCAGCAUUUACCGGAAAUGAGAAUAAUUUUGGUCGUGGAAAGCUGAUAACAUUGAUUAUGCAAUCAAAUAUCAAAUCAUGGUGAAAUAACACAUUGUAAAUAUUUAUUCUUAGGAUGAGGAUAUCCACAUUGUUAAUCGUUACCUUUUGCUGAAAGUGUUUUUGUGAAAGCUUGAUCUCUAGAUAUAUAUUUUUUUACUUAUAUAAUUUGUUUAAAAACCCGAAUGUACCUCAGAACUAACGGGCCAAGCUCGUGUUUUACUUUUGAAACUCUGUUUUUACAAUGGGUAUUCGUCUCACAAUCGUUGUACAAGCUUUUACUUACACCAGUAGUUAAGUGUUCUUAAUUUACCUAAGAUGGUUAAUGGGACCUCUCCAAUUAAAAAUGUACUAUAUUAUUUGCUGUCGAUCAAGAAUAUUUUGCAAAAUCUAAUGGUACCUUCACGAUAUCAGGAACUGUAUGUAAACCCCAUACUUCACUACUAUAACCAGCCACACAUUCUACAUAUGUAUCAGAGAGACUACAUAAUGUAGAAUCUUUUAAAAGCAUGGUUACGAAAAAAUUCUUUCAAUGCAAAUAAUGCAUUUGCGAUUAAUUAAAGUUACCGUUAUCGUUUAACACCCUUAUCGGUACUUACCAUAGGAUCAUGUGGGUUUUUUAAAUAUAAGUACCCACCAACCUUCUAAAAGGGCAUAGAAGCUAUACAUGAUUUUAUGAACAUAUAAGUACCAGCUAUUCAACUCAAUUAGGCUAUCGUCAAACUACAUAUGUAUGGGGAAUGGUAUGGGUCUAGUAGGAAAGUAAGCUCGGAAAAUAGUAUGUAUAAGUCAGUAAAAAUAGUAUAGGUCUAGAAGGGAAAUCAAUUCAGUGAAUAGUAUAGGUCUAGAAGGGAAAUUCAUUCAGUAAAAAAAAGUAUAGGUCUAGAAGGGAAAUUAAUUCAGUAAAAAACGUAUAGGUCUAAAAGUGAAAUCAAUUAAGAAAAUAGGAAACCUCUAGUAGGGAAAUCAAUUCCUUUUAAACGAGAGGAUAUUAAUGGGAUGAUCAACCUCGUUGUUUGGAAUCAAAUUGUUGGUUGAUCUUUGGUUUGAUGAUUAAGAAUUUGUUUCCGAUUGAGUAAUUAUUUAAAUUGUUAAAAGAUAUUGUUGUUUUAGUGAAUUUGCAUUACUCAAGAACUGCUGCUAUUUGAUUUGUUAUUAAAUGUUAUACUGUCUCUAAUGUUUAGCCGCUUCAUGGUGUCUUUACUAAGUUACUAUGUGAUUUAUGUUCAUCUCUGAGUAGUUUCUCCCGAAAAAAGAUUUCGAAAAACAAAUACUGACAAAAUCAAAUAAAAAAAUACACUUGUCAUUAUAGUGAUCAACACUAAUGCAUACCUUAUUAGGAGUAUGUAUUGGAGUUAUUUACCCUGACUGUUAACAGGACGUUAAACGAAAACAAACCAAACAUUGGAGUUAUUUCAAAUUGAAUUGAUCAUGAUAGGUCAAAGGGAGGUACAUGUAAUAACAAAAAUAUGUCAAAAAAUAUUAAUCUAUAUAAAUUAUCUGAAUGUUUUUUUUUCAGUGAAUUCGAACAAAAAGUCCACCAUUUAUUAUGCUUCCCCUAUUUAUGUCCACCAAACUCAGCCUUGAUUUCCCUACGACAUGACCAAAUUUCACUAGCCUUCAAAUUUAUGUAAACUGGUGUAUUAUGCAUACUAUAUCUAAAUAAACAUCGUCUAAACAGACUUGAAAACAUGUAAUACUAUGUACAUUUCUCAACAAAUGCUAGUGCUACUAGCAUGAUCGAAUCUUCUUCAAUUUUUAAUGCUUUUUCAAUAAAGUUGAUAUUUUGAC